AUAUUGCAAAACACAUGUUUUUGUUUUGAAUUUUUACCCGCUGCUGGAGGACUUCCGCGCCAACUUGGUGCAAACCUGUGGAAGAGCGGUCUCAUCAAGUACGACCGCAAAAGUGACCACUUCCAGGUCACCAGAAUCGGUCGGAUGUCCGGCGAGUUCCGGAACAUAGCGGUUCGCGAGGAAGAGACACUCGAGCUGCAAAAGCUGAUGGAGCGCGUUCCGAUCCCGAUCAAGGAAAGCAUGGAAGAACCCAGCGCCAAGGUCAACGUCUUCCUGCAAGCCUACAUCUCCCAGCUGAAGCUCGAGGGCUUUGCCCUGAUGGCCGACAUGGUGUACGUGACCCAGUCCGCGUCCCGUCUGCUGCGUUGGCUACAUUUGGCGCCCAACAAGAUUUGGCACCUGGGCAAAGCAGCACAUGAUGGGAUCGAUCGGCGCAUGUGGCAGAGCAUGUCCCCGUUGCGUCUGUUCCGAAAGAUGCCCGAGGAGAUCGUGAAGAAGAUCGAGAAGAAGAACUUCCCGUGGGAGCGGCUGUACGAUCUGGAGGCGAACGAGAUCGGAGAGUUGAUUCGCGUGCCGAAGCUGAACAAGACCAUCUACAAGUACGUGCACCAGUUCCCCAAGCUGGAGCUGUCCACGCACAUUCAACCGAUUACGCUGCGCGUCGAGUUGACCAUCCCGCCGGACUUCCAGUGGGACGAGAAGGUACACGGCCAGUCGGAGGCGUUCUGGAUUUUGGUUGAGGACGUCGACUCCGAGGUUAUCCUGCACUACGAGUACUUCCUGCUCAAGUACAAGUACUGCCAGGACGAUCACCUGGUGAAGUUCUUCGUGCCGGUGUUUGAACCGUUGCCACCGCAGUACUUCCUGCGCAUCGUGUCCGACCGAGAAGAACCUGCCGCCGACGGAGCUGCUCGAUUUGCAGCCGCUGCCAAUCUGUACGCGUUCUCGCAGUUCAAUCCGAUCCAGACGCAGGUCUUCAACGCGGUGUACAACAAUGAGGACAAUGUGUUUGUGGGUGCGCCAACCGGGUCGGGCAAGACGAGGAUCGCGGAGUUUGCCGUGCUGCGGAAGUUGCAGCAGAAUCCGCACGGUCGGGUUCUUUAUCUGGUCUCAAGGGACGCGCUGGCCGAGCUGAUCUUCAUGGAUUGGCACCAGAAGUUUGGCCAGAACUUGGGCUGCAAGGUGGUCAAGCUGACGGGGGAAACCGGAACGGACUUGAAGCUGAUCGCCAAGGGGCAAAUCAUCGUGACCACGGCAGACAAGUGGAACAUUUUGUCUCGGCGUUGGAAGCAGAGGAAGAACGUCCAGAAUAUCCAGCUGUUUAUUGUGGACGAGCUGCAGUUGAUUAGCGGUGAGGAAGGUCCUGUGUUGGAGGUCGUCUGCUCCCGUAUGCGGUACAUUUCGUCCCAGAUUGAGAAGCAGAUCCGGAUCAUCGCGCUGUCGGACGCCCGGGACGUAACUUAAUGGCUGGGUUGCAACGCGAAUGCGACCUUCAACUUCUAUCCGAGCGUGCGGCCAAUCCCGCUGGAACUGCACGUGCAGGGAUUCAACAUUACGCACAACGCGUCGCGCAUUGCGGCCAUGUCCAAACCGAUGUACAACGCCGUAACCAAGUUCAGCCCGCACAAACCGGUGAUUGUGUUUGUGAACUCGAGGAAGUUGGCUCGUUUGCCGGCGAUUGAUAUUUUUACUUACUGUGCUGCUGAAGCUCAACCGAACCGGUUCUUCCACGCCGAGGAGGCGGACAUUAAGCCGUUUUUGGAUCGCAUGACGGAUAAAACGUUGAAGGAGACACUCUCGCAGGGGGUUGCGUACAUCCACGAAGGCUUGGCGGCGUCUGAUCAUCGCAUCGUGGAGCAGCUGUUCGAUUCCGGUGCGGUGCAGAUUGCCGUCGUCACGCGGGAUCUGUGCUGGGGCUUGAACAUUUUCGCCUACCUGGUGAUCAUCAUGGACACGCAGUUCUGUAACGGUAAGAGUCACUCGUACGACGUCUACCCGGUCACCGAUGUCAUGCAGAUGGUGGGACGGGCCAACCGUCCGCUAGAGGAUGACGACGCCAAGUGCGUGCUGAUGUGUCAGAGCUCCAAAAAGGACUUCUUCAAGAAGUUCCUCAACGAGAGUUUACCGGUGGAAAGUCAUCUGGAUCAUCGUAUGCGCGAUCACUUCAACGCGGAGAUCGUCACCAAAACCAUUGAAAACAAACAGGACGCCGUUGAUUACCUCACCUGGACGUUCCUGUACCGGCGACUCACCCAGAACCCGAACUACUACAACCUGCAGGGCGUCACCCACCGACACUUGUCAGACCACCUGUCCGAUUUGGUCGAAUCGACCCGCUCCGACCUGGAGCAGUCCAUAUGCAUCAGCGUGGAGGACGAGAUGGAUACGCUGCCGCUGAAUCUGGACAUGAUCGCGGCGUACCUGUACUACAUCAACUACAUCACGAUCGAGCUGUUCAACUUGUCGUUGAACUAUAGGCUUCUGGAGAUCAUCUUCGAGGACAACAUUUUGGCCGCGCAGUUGCCAAACAAGCUGACCGGACCGAACGAAACUGCUCACAAAUACAUCGACCUUCACAUCAAGACAAACCUGCAGCUGCAGGCUCACCUCUUCAGCAUCCAGCAAAUCAGGUGCAUUGCUGCCGCCUCGAUGCCGACGAAGCCCCUUGAGGAUCAUAUUUUGUUCACUAAUAAUACAAGAAGACAACCUUGA